CAAAUUUUCUUGUAUGUUUCUCACGUCGCCCCAACCGUACUUAGGUUUUGAUGACAUUUCGCACAGAUCUUGGUGACUGGCCUUAAAACAAUACUGACAAUGACACGCUCUCACAAGGCCAACGACCGAGACCAUUCAUUAAUCAAUAAUGCACCAGCUACACCCCACGAGCAACUUUCACGGUUCUUCACCAAAUCUGGGCCAGUUGAUGCUGAUCCCCGGAAAACCAAGAAGAACGGCGGAGGAAAGAGAAAUUGGGGCCGCUCAGGGGAUGAAGUCCAAGACUAUGACUACACGCUCACAAACGCUCGACGCUACUCCAACAGUAGUGCCCGGGGCAUUGGGGAGUUCAGAACCAAAUUCGAAACCACAGAACUGGAGCCAGUCUUUAAAUCAAACCUGCACGAACCGUUAAAUGCCACUAGCGCUGCAGGAGGGGAUGUUGCGAGUAAACAUAGCAGUAUCAUGAACAGUAGCAAGGAUAAUGGAGUCCACAACUCAAGCACUUAGGAUCAGAUGAAGUCCAGGCCCUUUUUGUUAUCUCUGUGGUUCCGUGUUCCGUGGCCUAGAUGAGUUCUAUUUGAUACUUGGUUGAACUAUCAGUUGAUAGCCUACAGAUUGCAGAUCACAAAAUCAUUAAACUGAAACGCAUGCCGGACAAUUAA